UUUUGGCGAUAUAGUUGGCAAUACUGUGCUGUGAAAGCUUUUUUUAAUUUUAUUUUUUACAUUCAUGCAGGGAUCGACCUGGACCACAGAACAGCAUAGUGCACAGCCUAGGCAGCUAUUUGGAUGUGCCCUUCACAUGACCGUAUAGGCUACCAUGAACAUUUAUUUGAAGAUGGUAGCCUACCAGUCCUAAUUGUUUUUUAAAUGUUGCAUACUGUCUCUUUAAAUGGGAAUGAUGAUUGAUAAACAACUACUACAUUUCCCAAAAUUCAUCACAACGUGGUCGGAACGCAGUGGGGCUGUCAGAGGCGCUAUUUAUCACCUGGCUCUAGAGAUGCUGCUGAGGCAGUGGCGCGAGAGGGCUCAGUGCGACUGCACGCCCACACCCAUCCCAAGCGCACGCAGGCAAACAAACAGCUCACAGUGAAUCUUCCGCUGUUGACAAAAUAUUUUCACAUUAGUGACUGUCCUGCUUUUGGAAAACGACAGCAGAUUUUAAUUUUGCGCGACAGUGGUUUCUCCAUAUACGACGUGGACCUGGUUCGCUCGGGCGUCUUCAGUUCGCGGGGCAUCUUCAUGCGUUUCUAGCGCUUUUGCCACAUCAGCUGAAUGAGGAUACAACACAGCACAUCUGAUCAGCAAGAAAGACAGCCGUUACAAUGAGCACCGCGUUCCACCAGCAGGCCGUGCACAGUCCGCUGGAGCAGCAGAAGUCUGCGGGGAGCUCUGGAGGAGGGGGAGGCUCCUCCAUCCCAUGCCAGACCUGCGGGAAGCCCUGCAAGGGGGAGGUGCUGCGCGUGCAGAACAGACACUUCCACAUCAAAUGCUUCAUCUGCAAAGUGUGUGGCUGUGACCUGGCCCAGGGUGGCUUCUUUGUGCGGCAGGGCGAUUACAUCUGCACGCUGGACUACCAGCGCAUGUACGGGACGCGCUGCUUCAGCUGCGAGCAGUUCAUCGAGGGCGAGGUGGUGUCGGCGCUCGGCAAGACCUACCACCCCCGCUGCUUCGUCUGCGCCCUCUGCAAACAGCCCUUCCCUCCUGGUGACCGCGUGACGUUUAAUGGGAAGGAGUGCACCUGUCAGACGUGCACACAGCCUCUUGCAGCAGACAGUCCCGCGCCCAUCCAGGCUGUGCACAACUGCUGUGGAUGUGGGAAGGAGUUUAAGAAUGAGCAGUCUCUAGUGGCCCUGGACAAGCACUGGCAUCUGGGCUGCUUCAAAUGCAAAGUGUGCAACAAAGUGCUCAACGCUGAGUACAUCAGCAAGGAUGGGAUCCCCUUCUGUGAGACGGACUACCACGCCAUGUUUGGCAUUCAGUGUGAGAGCUGCAAAAAGUACAUCACUGGGAAAGUGUUGGAGGCUGGCGAAAAACACUAUCACCCAACAUGUGCCCGGUGUGCCCGCUGUGAGCAGAUGUUUGGGGAGGGAGAGGAGAUGUACCUGCAAGGCUCAAAUAUUUGGCACCCACCCUGCCGACAGGCUGCUCGGGUUGAGGAGAAGAGUAAGAAGCAGGUCCGGAUACAGCUCAAUGACGUUCCCAUACAGGUUACCAGGACCUCCUCUGAAAGCAUCACCUCAGCACCAGCCUCCAGUACAGGCUCCCCGAGCAGAGUCAUCUAUGCAAAGCUUGGUGAUGAACUUCUGGACUACAAGGACCUUGCUGCUCUUCCCAAAACCAAAGCGAUCUACAACAUUGACCGGCCCGACAUGCUGUCCUACUCCCCCUACAUCAGCUACCCGGCGGAGGAGAGGACCUACGGAGAGUCACCCCAGUUGCUCUCCCCUACUCCAACAGAGGGAGACGGAGAGAAAUCGCCCCGUCAGAGAAGGCCCUCUAGCCCCAGUUCCAACAGCUCACUGGGAGGAUAUGGACGCUAUACCCCUUGUCGUUCACCCCAAAACUACAGCAGGGCAGAACCGUACACGGGUGCUCAGUACAAUGCCCAAGCCGGGAACUCCACCCCUCUGCCCUAUUAUGGAGGAAGCAGAUAUGCUAGUGGUGGCGCCAGGGAUUCCUCCUCCCUGCCCCAGUACUACUCUGGGGGGGGUAAACAGGGAGGGCAGUUGGGGAGUGGUGGGACCACCCUCCCGCUCAAUCCUACCACCCUGGCAAUGCUUCAGCAGCACAACUACAUCCCUUACUUCAGAGGUAGCGAAAGUGGUCGGAGUACCCCCAGUCUGUCCACCUACUCCGACGGGAAGUCCCCCUCUUCCACGUAUGUCGCGGCCCCUCGGCACUUCCACAUCCCAGAGGCUAAGGUCAAAGAUAAUAUCUAUAGAAAGCCCCCUAUCUACAAACAGCAUGCAACCAGAACAUCAUGGCAGGAUGGAGAUGAAAUCGACAGAAAGACCAGGACCAGCUGGAUGAUACUGAAGAGUGAGAUUGACGGUCAGUCCCCGGACAGCAUGGACCCCAGGACAUCCACCCACAGCCUGCCCAUCGACCCCUCAGAGCCCAAUUUCCCAUAUAACAAGUCUGCUUCUCUGCCCGGUUAUGGAAGAAAUGGCAUAUAUAAGGCUGCUGAUCUCGGAGAGGAUGACCCAGACCAUGACUCCAACUGGGGAGGAAUGAGAGAGUAUAAGGUUUACCCCUAUGAGGUGCUGGCCGUGACCUACCGGGUCAGAGUGAAGCUGCCCCGUGAUGUGGACCGCACCAGACUGGAGAGGCACCUAUCCCCAGAAGACUUUUACAAUGUGUUUGGCAUGACCCUGGAGCAGUUUGACCGCAUGGCCCUGUGGAAGAAGAACGACAUGAAGAAGAAAGCCCGACUCUUCUGAAAAGCCCACCACAACAAAGUGUGAAAAAAACAGCACCCUCCCUCUCCGGCUCUCUCUCUCACCAUCCCUCGCUCCCUCUGCAUCUCCUACUCAUUCGUCCUGGAAAGAAGGGAGAGGGAAAUCUCGUUUUGAAAAGCACCGUCGUACUGCUGCGCACCUGAAAUCACCCCCCCUUUCACCAUCCUCUGGGGGGGGGCAACCAGAAGCGACAAAAGCUGGACCCUAUCACAGCGUUACUCCUAUGUUACUCUAGUGUUACUCUGAUGUUACUCUAGCAUUACUCUGAUGUUACUCGCACUCAGAGGAGAUGUUUGAUCAUCUGGGCGAAUCCUACACUGUCUGAAUGUUACACUGACAACAAGGGAGAGUAGCAUAACUCCUCAAGUAGCGUUCCAUUUACUUUUCUUUUUUUUUGGCUUUCUUUGUUAUUGUUUUUCAUCACUCUUCUUGUGGCUCUCUCUUUCUACUCUGUAGCGGUCUACUAUCCACAUUUCUGUGUCUCUUACAUAAGGGGUAUCUAACACUAUCAUUCUCUCUCUCUCUCUCUCUCUCUCUCUCUCUCUCUCUCUCUCUCUCUCUCUCUCUCUCUCUGAUUUAUGCCCAGCUCAAGGCUACCUUUGCUCUGAAAGCUGAAAAAAUAAGAUCUUUAACUAAUCCAACACAGGCCUCUUUCUCUUUCUUUCUUUGAUGUCUUUCCACACUCUCGUCGUCUUACUCUCUUUCCAUCCAAAAGAUACUAAUCUCUCUUUGAAAAGCUCACCUUCAGUUUUUCCACCGAUAGAGCUCAGAAAAACUAUUGCUUCAGGAACCUUAUGACCUAAUGACAACUGUUCCUAAUGGGAUAUUAUGACCUGAGGGCCCUCAUGCAGGUGUGCUCUCACUGUCAGUGUCAUAUAACACAGUGAUGUAUGGGUUAUUCUGACGAAUCACAAAUGUCAGUCCUUCCAUGAUUGACGCAAAAGAAGGAUGCCGAAUGAUCCCAAAGCAUUUGUGGGUACCCAAUCAGAGAGACAAAAUGGAGACAAGUUACAAGGGGACCUUGAAUAUAUUCAGGGGUAUUGACUAUUAGCUGCUCAGGGCCCGUAUUCACAAAGCAUCUUAAGGCUUAAAGUGGCUCCUAACUUGUGGAUUUAGGAGAAACUCCUAAAAAUAAUGGGUGUAAGCCCUAACUUUGGAAGUCCAUUAGCGCUUAAAGCACUAAAAGUCGCACCUAAACGCACCAAUUCCCAAAUGAACGGAAAACAGCAGUUUCUAGCAUUCCACAUUACAAUGUUUUUGAAUGCAGAUUCAGAAUUACUGAAAAGAUACCGUCUCAAUUGAGAAGGAAUAAUUCUAGAGCUUGUAAUGGAUGCAAUGCGUCACCAACCAACCAAAACAACUCACCCAAGUGUCGAAAUGGAAUUGAAUGUAAGAUGUUAUUGUAAAAUUAAACUAGCCCGUCUACACAAAUGUGCCUUCAUACAGAUGCAUUUUAAAUUUAAUUUAUAGCCUAUGUCAAAUAUUUCUUUCUUUAUUUAUCGCUCUUUGUGGUAGGCUAUUAAGCACAUGCCUACUCACUGGCGCAGACCUGUCACUCAUUAACCAAUCACCAAGGUCAUUUCAAGCAAGCUUGUGCAUGAGACUUGACGUCAACCAUAACUUUUGAGUCUCUCUCUUAGCUCAGGAGUUCUCCCUUCUCCAUAGCAACAGAGUCUUUCUCUUAGCUCAGGAGUUCUUACUUUUCCUUAGUAAAAGUUACUCUCAGCAGCUUUGUAGGAUUUAGGAGAAAACUUUUAGGUCAAAACUUUCAGUGCGACUUAGGAGUACUCUUAGUGGUAAGAUAAAAUGCUUUGUGAAAUAUGGGCCCUGAUCACCAAGCUACGAUAAGCAGCAAAGUCACUAGCACCCCUGUUGCUGUGAAUAGGUCCACAGUUUCAACUUGAUGAAACUAGAGGCUGAUGAAUGAGCUCGCUGGCCCACAUUUCAGAUACAAACCAGACCCAAGCGGUUCCGGCGAGACCUCCACCCACCCAACCGCUUCACCCCCUUCCCUUUAUUACUCAGCUGAAAGUGUGUGGAGUGAGGCCACUCCUGUUAUUGUUCAAAGCCCCCUGCUCCAGUUCUCCCCGGCUUCCAUCAGCUCCAGGGCCCCUCACUGUGUGUCUCUCCGCCACCUCACUAGUGUAUCUCCAGCGCUCUCACUCUCUGCAUGUUCUCAUUGCCAAAGACAUGGUUAGCGUUAGCAUUAGCGUUAGCAUUAGCAUUAGCGUUAGCAUUAGCCAACCAGUGCUGGGACAGGGCCCACGUGAUUCCCCAACGCUCUUUGAAUGAGAAGCCUCCUCAGAAAAAAAAGCACCUUAUUCUAGAUUGUUCCGUUUCUGUCAUUCUCAUCACGAGUUUAAUUUGCCAACGGUGGAAACGAUGUGAGUUUGUGUUUUUUUUUUUAUUUAAGCUGAUUGUCCUUUGCUGGAAGUGAUUUUAAAACUAGUGGAGCCUGGUGUGUGAUAGCUCAUUGUAACCUGCUGAAGAUACUUAUGAAGUUAGCAAGGGAGGUGGAGAGAAGAUUGUUUAACGUGAAAGGCCUUACAAGUAACAUUUACCUGUUUCAACAUACCCAGAUAUGAACCCAUACUUUGGGUUGUGAAAAUAAGGUUGUCAAAUGCCAUGUUUCCAGAUAUCACACACUAUAAUACUGGAUCUGGAAGCCACACACACAAACACAUCUGCACACCUCUGUGGAUGCACACGUACAAACACAGACACACACAGACACACACACACACGCCCACAUGCAAACACACACGCACGCAUAUGUACACACAAAUCAAACUUUUGAAUGCUCUUGCAUCAGAUACCCCUGAAUUAUUUUUCUACUGUGUUUCACUGCAUUGACAUUCUCCAUUUUGCCCACUGUUGAUAGAACCAUGAUAUCAUGUAGUUUAGACAAGCUACUCAGAGCAUCAUACUGUUUUAUUUGUUUGCGUGAGUUCUGAACACAACUUUUUUUUAUAUCAUAUAAAAUAACACAUAGCAUGGAUUUCAGGGGGUUCCCCAGUGUAAAAUCUAAUUUUAAGUGUGUUUUACUUUUCUCUCAUAAAGAAAUGAAGUGUAUAUACAUAUACAUGUUAGUCUGGUAUGCGACUGCAAGCAUCCAAAUGCACAAGGCCGUGAGACCGUGUCCUGUCAAUCAUCUCUCUGAAUCACGCCUGGGGUAAAAAAAAACUGAAUGAUUGUAUCACCAUCUUCAUUAUUUGACAUGUGUUUGAGUUGACAUGUGUGUGUGUGUGUGUGUGUGUGUGUGUGUGUGUGUUGUUUGUGUGUUUUGUGUGUGUGUAUGUCUAUGUCUGCGCAUGCUUCUGUAUUAAUUCUGUAAAUUCUGGCUAGAGAAGCUGGAUAUGUUUUUGUCAAGAGACACAUAACUGCAAUGCCUGCACAGACAACAUACAAUGUUGUGAGUCCCAAACUCUCAUAUCAAUUCUCCUAUUAUGGAGAAAUAUUGGCAAUGAGUUAACACCCCCCCCCCAACCCCCACCACCACCACCACCCUUAACUUUGCUAACUAGCCAUGUAAAAUAUAUCUGUUCUUUCCCAGAGUGAGUCCUGAUUUGAAACCAAAUUAGGCAGUUCAGUCUGUUUUUUAUACCUUGUCAAAACAUGUUUCCAGCUUUGCCAAUAGUGGACUUUGUCUAUAUAUGUAUGUCAUGCACAACUGAAGUACUUUAGCCAAAUUCAACAAAGACAGAACAAGUUCUGCAAAGAAUGGUGGAAAUUGCAUAUCAGAUGGAAAUCUGAGGGUAACUCCUCUAGCUGUUUCAACAUUGUUCAUUCAACAGGUGUGUGCGUGUGCGUGUGUGUGUGCGUGUGGGAGAGAGGGAAAGAGAGAGACAGAGAGGGGUAUAUCAUUGUUAUAAUUGUAUUAGAGCGUUAUUAAAAUGGAGGGGGAAUCCAGUUGCAUAGUGUGAGAAAGGCCUUCCUGCAUUGAGGCGUCAUGGUGGGUUGCUUGUGUGGAUUGUAUUAGUCUUAUUUGAACAGCUGUGGAAACGGGUGUGUGUGCGUGUGUAUAUUUGAGAGAGGGAGAAAACUGGUGUUUGCGUCCAUUUGAAUAUGUGAGCGUGUGUGUGUGUGUGUGUGUGUGUUUUAAGCGAAGCAGGCCACAGUUACAGACUCAGCUCCCCUGUUGCUGACCACAGGUCAGACCAGAUAAGCCGACCUCAGAGUGCAGGAAACACCAGAACUGUUGCCCAACUAGAUUCCCUUUUAUCCUUUUAACACAAACACAGCCUCCGCCCACACACACAUAUGCACAGAGACAUAUAUCCCACUCGCAGACUCAUUUAUAAACACACACACACACACA